AUGCACGACUCAGGCACCGGCGGCAAGCCAUCUAUGGGAAAUUUCCCUCUCGUGCCCCAAUUGUGUCCAGAUGAUGAUAUGAACAAGUGUAAAUUUUCGAAAGCGGAUAGAGGGGUGCACUACGUUGCCGACAGCGUGAAAGCGCGGCCUGGAUAUUUUGCUCUACAGCUGAAGAAUGGCAUCAGCGCGGAGAUGACUGUUACAGAACAUACAGCCUUAUACCACUUCAACUUUCCUAAAAACAACGCGGAUGCGAAUGGAAACUCGCCAGUAGUGCUGGUGGAUUUGACUGAUCUACAGGACUCCAGGCAAAAUGCUGCGAUUUCAGUAGACGAGGGGAGCCUUAGGGUUAAGGCGAAUGGAACAUUUCUACCCAGUUUCGGUCUUGGGAGCUACACUUCCUUCGUUUGCGUUGAUUUCGCAGGUGCACAGGCCAAAGAUACCGGAAUAUAUAUCAGCAACCGAGCCGGAACGCGACCCAAAUCUCUUUCCGUGGGCCGCGGGUUCAAUUUGUUCUAUGUAAAGGCCGGUGCUUUUGUACAGUUCCAUGCAUCGAAAGGUGAUAGAACCCAGGUGAGUGCUCGUGUAGGCACGAGCUUCAUCAGCGAAGUUCAGGCAUGUCAAAACGCGGAGAGAGAAAUCCCAGGGCCCAACUGGAAUUUUGAUAAGAUUCGCACCAACGCUGAAAGCGCGUGGAGAAAAAAACUGAGUUUCGUCUCAGUGCGGCCUGGAGGUGUCAGCAAUAGCUUCCAGCGGACUUUUUGGAGCGCAAUAUAUCGAACUAUGAUCUCGCCGCAGGAUUAUACGGGAGAGAAUCCGCUCUGGAAAAGCGACGAGCCAUACUUUGAUUCUUUCUACUGCCUAUGGGACUCAUUCCGCUCGCAGCUGCCGUUGCUUGCUAUCAUCGAUCCAGAGGCUCUCGCCAAAAUGAUACGCAGUCUCCUCGACACCUACAAGCACCAAGGCUGGCUACCAGACUGCCGCAUGAGUUUAUGCAAGGGGUAUACCCAGAGUGGAUCAAACGCCGACGUCGUCAUAGCCGAUGCAUAUGUCAAGAAUAUCACCUCUAACAUCGAUUGGGACCUGGCAUACGAGGCUGUAGUCAACGAUGCCGAAAAUGAACCACCAGAUUGGUCCAUUGAAGGACGAGGGGGACUGGUAAGCUGGAAAUCUGUCGGCUACAUACCUGCACAAGACUUCGACUAUCUAGGCACUGGAAUAACGACACGCAGUAUUUCGCGGACCGUCGAAUACUCAUAUAACGAUUACUGUAUUGCGGUUUUAGGGAAAGAACUAGGCAAAGGAUAUGAUAAAUAUCUUGAUAGGUCAGGGAAUUGGCAAAACCUGUUCAAGGCAGAUCAGACUUCAUUUAUCAACGGGAAGGAUACAGGCUUUGUUGGAUUCUUCCAACCCAGAUACCAGAAUGGAUCAUGGGGUUAUCAGGACCCGAUACUCUGCAGUAACAUCGCGGAAUUUUGCUCCUUGACGUCGAAUUCGCAGGAGACGUACGAGUCUGGCAUAUGGGAGAAUCAAUUCUUCGUGCCGCAUGAUAUGUCAACACUGAUUCAUCUCCUCGGCGGCCCAUCCAAGUUCGUCUCCCGCCUAGAUUAUCUACACGAGUCGGGAAUACUAUACAUCGGCAACGAGCCAUCGUUCCUCGCCACAUUCUUAUACCAUUACGCCGGCCGUCCUGCCCUCUCUGCUAAACGAGCACACACCUACAUCCCCUCACGCUUCAACGACACGACCUCCGGGGUACCUGGGAACGACGACUCGGGUGCAAUGGGAAGCUUUACUGUCUUCGUAAUGAUGGGCCUCUUCCCCAACCCAGGACAAGACGUAUACUUCAUCAUGCCCCCGUUUUUUGAGGCUGUCAGCAUUGAACAUCCUGUGACUGGGAAGACGGCGACGGUACGUACUGUUAACUUCGAUAGUGGGUACGAGAACACGUACAUUCAGCGGGCAACUCUGAACGGAAAGGAUUAUAAGCGUAAUUGGAUCGGGCAUGAAUUCUUCUUAAAUGGUGGAACGCUAGAGCUUACCCUGGGUAAGAAGGAGAGUGCCUGGGGAACGGGCCGAGAUGAUGUUCCCCCCAGUGUUGGUGCGGGAGUAAAGGGAGAUGGAAUCCGGUUUACGUAG